CCGUUUUGACGCUGUGCGAAUGAGACUUUGGUGUCUACCAAUUUUGUUUUUAUUCUCUAAUUUAAGAAAAUACAAAGCGGUAAUUAUUUGCGACCAACUAAACAAACAAGUAUUGUGUUAGUUGUGUUACAAAUUAUUUGCUUUUGAAUGUAGUCGUGUUGGAUAUUUUGCAUACUAAGAUUUUGCCAAGAUGUCUUGGACCACGGGUCAAUGGAACUGCGAGGCCACCAAUGCUGCGGUUACUCCUGAAGCGUGGGCAGCUUAUCAGCAACAGAAUUGGCAGCAAUGGGCUCAGUGGCAACAACAGUAUGCCCAAUGGCAAAACCAAUAUGGGGAGAAGUACGCCACGCAAAUGCAAGCGUCUCAUAUGCAAGUAUCGCAAAUGCAAGCAUUUCAAACGAUGAGCGCUAUGCCACCGCUACCUACAAGCAGUGCGCCGCCACCGGCGCCGCCUCCGCCGGACAAACCUCCGCCACCCCCUCCUCAUGAGAACAAUCAACCUCUCUAUGGAAACAAUUGUAAGCCAGCCCCAGUUCCGCCACCUAUGCAAACACAGCAGACCAACAACACAGGGUAUAGCAAUACAAGUAUGACUGGCAAUACUCAAAAUUGGUCACAACCUACUAUUGCUAUUGCCAGCCAUGACACCCAGCCUGUUAGUAAUCAGGCAGCUAAUGUUAAUGCUGAUGCCCUGAAAAAGCUUGCAGAGGAGCAGAAGGCUUUUGAUAUCCAAUUUCAGAAAUGGGAAGAGGAGAUUGAAAAAUGGAAAAAGGAUAAUGUAAAUCAUCCAGAUAAACAAGCCUAUAAGGAGUAUGAACAAAAAUUUGAAGCUUGUCGCGCCCAGCUUAUGGAGCGCCAACAGCAAAUGAAGGAAAAAAGAGCACGUUUGCUAGGCAUCACUUCUCCAGCAGCAAAUGUGCUUAGUAAUACACCUCAAACUAUAAUCCCCACACCUGUAACAGGUAAUAUUCAAGUUCCAACAAACAAAACUGCUUCUUUUGUAAACACAAAUAGUAACACUCAACAUUCUCAACAAUCAAACUAUAACAGUAGUCAGAGUGUGUCUAAACAAAGUAACCAACAAUAUGCUCAAUAUAAAGAUAAUAAGUUGUAUCAGAACAUCAAGAAAAAUGUUUAUCCUGAGGAUGCACCGCAGGAUAGAUAUGAUUCAUAUCAUGAGAAUUACUCUUCUACUGCAGAGAAAUCAACUUUUUUGUCUGCUAGUGGAUCAGCAAAAGGUAUACCAGGUUUGGAUUUAGUACCAGAUACUGAAAAACCUGCUACAAGUAAUCAAGAUGUUAUUGAUAUCACAGAAGAACUUGCUGGAAACCCAAGGCAAACAAAAGGUCCAGAUUUAAUUACUAUAUCAAAAGGCAUAAGCAAUAUAUUGGGGGACGAAAAGAUCAUGAGUAUGUUAAAUAUGGUAAGAAAUGUUCAGACAGGAGUUGUUGCCAACAAUGUCCUCAAUGCCAAUAUGCUAUCAGGACCACCACCUCUUAUUUCAGCAGGGCCACCACCUCUUAUUUCAGCAGGGCCACCACCUCAAAUUGCAAUUAAUCAAAAUAAUACAAAUAACUUUCGCAUGCCUCCUCCCAAUAGUCAGUGGGAAGACAGAAAUGAUCCUUCUUACAAUAAUCAGUAUGGGAAUAGACAAAACACUCCUUUUAAUAGACAAGAUGCAGGUCCAUAUCUAGGUCAACAACAGCAAUCACAGAACAGACUGUAUGUUGAAAGACAGCAAGAUGUGCGUCAGGAACAAUUUUAUGAUGGGAGCAAUCAAUAUGGAGGGCCUAAUAUGCCGCCCAGAGGUGGGCCAUCAAAUAUGAGACCUAAAAUUCCACCCAAUAGGCAUCCUUUACAUGAUAUGUCAUCCCAACAAAAUAUGAAUGAUUACCACAAAGGCCCUCAUGAUCGUCGGAGUAUGAAUGAAGAUAAUGUGGCUAUGAAUCAACCUCCAAGACCAAAGUGGGUGGAAGAACCAUUAUUUACUCCAUCCAUUAUUGUUGAAUAUGAACACAAACCUCUCAGAUUGAAAGCACGCGAUUUUAUUGAGCCUGUACAUAUGUUUGACUACAAUCAUGUGUCAAAAGAUGAAGAGUUUAAGAAAAAGGAUUUUGAAAAGGAGGUGGAUGAAUUAUUCACAAGGAAACCAAGAAGAUUUGAUGAUGAUCGACAUUUUUUUGAGCGAGUAGAUAGAGGAGAUAGGUUCUCUAAGGAACCGCCUAGCAGAGAUUAUGAAAGAAGGAUGCCUAGAGAAGAACCCAGGGACUGGAGAGAUGAAUCUAGAGAGCUUAGAGAUGAUUACCGUGGCAGACCACCGCCAAGAGAUGAAUAUGAUGAUAGGCGAAGAUUUGACACUAGAUAUGAAGAAAGAAGAAGAGAUGACCGUGACAAAUAUGUGAGACGGGAAGACAUUUACAGAGAUAGAGAACGAGAUAGAGAUAUAGGCAGAGAUAGAGAUUCAGGCAGAGACAGAGAUUCAGGCAGGGAUAGAGAUUUAGGCAGAGAAAGAGACUUAGGUAGAGAUAGAGAUGUAGGAAGAGAUAGAGAUAUGGGCAGAGAUAGAUACAGGGAUUUUAGAAGAGAUGACAGUAGAAAUCGUAGUAAAAGCCGUGAAAAAGAUUCCCGUAAGAGAGGGCGUAGUAGAGAAAGUGAGAUUAGUGAUCAUUCCAAAAAACCUAAGGAAAAUGAAACAAAACCGAACACUGAUGUUCCCAAGCAUAUUAUUAUGAUUGAUGACCUAUUAGAACCGCCUGGACGCGACAUGAGACCUGAGAAGAUAGUUGUUAUAUUAAGAGGUCCCCCUGGUAGUGGUAAAUCGUACCUAGCGAAACUAAUAAGGGAUAGAGAAGCGGAACACGGGGGAGCAGCGCGAAUCAUGUCUAUUGACGAUUAUUUCAUGCAAGAGAGUGAAGUGGAGGAGAAAGAUCCUACAACUGGAAAGACUAUCAAGAAACCCCUAAUGAAAUAUGAGUAUGAUGAAAAAUCCGAAGAAACGUACACUAACUCCUUAAAAAGAGCGUUUAAGAGGACGUUAACUGACGGAUACUUCACAUUCUUAAUAUACGACGCCGUCAACGAUCAAUUGAAAAGUUAUGCUGAUGUGUGGAAUGUGUCAAGACAAAGUGGCUUCCAGGUGUAUGUAUGUACAAUGGAGCUAGAUGCAAAUGUCUGUUAUAAAAGGAACAUCCAUAAUAGGACCUUAGAGGAUAUUCAAGUGAUUACUGCUCGGUUCUUCCCAACUCCAGUCCAUCAUAUUCAGUUAGACCCUACAACGUUGCUCCAAAGUGCUGCAAUCACCGAUGUGCAGAUGGAGGAUGCCAUCGACGAUGACGUGAUUACCAUUGAAGAUGUCACUGACACUGAGGUUGAAAACGUUUUUACUUCGAAAUGGGAGAAAAUGGACAACGCCGCGCAACUAGCACGACUCGACGGCAUCAGCAAGCCACUUCGACCAUCACAGCUCUCAAUGGAAGACUACUUGCAACUAGACGACUGGAAACCAAACACUGCUAAACCUGGGAAGAAGACUGUACAUACCAUACAGAGGUAACAAUACUAAUGAGGUAAGUAGAGCUUCCAAAGCAGCGUUGGCGCUUGCUCAUGUAGCGCUUGGGUGCAAUCAAUACCCUGACGCCCUCUAGUAGGCACGUGAUCAAAAUGGAAUAGAUAUUUUCCUCACUAAUCGGAAAUUCAGGUGCAAAUGGUGCAAUUAUAAAAUAAUGUUGGGAAGCAAUAGCCCACUUACAUCUCUUGCGCCCUGUGCGCUGCACAUUCUACUCCAUAGGUUACGCACUCACUGUUUCAAAGUAGAAUAAGGUUUUAAAAUAUUUAUAAAAGGGUUCGAAACAGCCCAAGUUUAACUUUAUAAUGAAAAAUCCAAAAAAUCUUGGUAAGAGCUUUUAAAACCUUCUCGGUUUGUUAAAAUUUAUGGUAGUUUAUAAAACCAAUGGACAACUUUAUUUCUAAUUCGAAUAUCUCAAGAUCCUGCACGGAGUUUAUUAAAAUUAAUCGAACAACUGAAAUUAUUGUACUGCAUUAGUGAUGGUCUAAUAAUUUAUGCACGUAGCAAUCGGCCUAAACAAAUGUUUCUUUCCGAAACCCAUCUCUAUAUAAUUUUUGGCGUGUAGUAGCGUUCCAGAAACGAAUUUAAAUAACCCUUAGAGAUUUGACAUACCUAAUAACCAAUGUUAUUUUACAGUCUGCCUCUAGUCUCUUGAGUUUUCCUUCGCCAGCGCUACUGAAUACAAGAUUAAAGUAAAUUAGCCUUAAAGAGUAAGGCCCACACUCAACAUAAUAAAAGAAUACGGGAAAGGAAUUGCAGGGUAUUGUUCUUAAUUUGUACACAUUGUAUGUUUUAUUCCAGAAUCUGCCUCUAUUUUAUGUGCCAGUGUUGUUGGGUGAAUGUAAAUCGGCCAUAAACAGUACCGGAACAAUAUUGCACUAUAAUUUCUACAGUAUACAAAGAAGGUCUAACCCCUUGUAGCCCUUUGUAAACGCUAAAGUGUCUCGUGGUAACCAGAGAUCAUCCACGCCUCUGGCUUUCUCACGGCGGUAAAACAUCUAUCAGCACCUAUUUCUUGCAACUUUAUUCAGUGUUAGUGAUCUGUUCGACAAAAAUUGAUGACGGGCACAAUAAUGGUUUACUGACACGACACUUCUAUUAUAUUCACACAUGUGUUUUCUCGCUUUUUGUUGUAUUAAAAAGAGAGUCGAAAUUCCAUAAAAUAAUGUGGAGCAGGUUAUUACUGAUUCUGCAAAUCCAAUUUCGCAAAAAACUACAGCUGCACUACAAAUUCAUAUAAGAUCCUGGUAGACUUAUUUCUGAUGGCUAUCCUUAUUACCACACAUAUCGUUCAUAAAGUGCCGAUAAAAAAAAGAGUAUUAUUUUGUAAUGUCCAAGCUUCGGAAACAUUAAAGUUUACUCUCUAAUUCUGUAAAACCUUACUUCCCAUGUUAAAUUUAUUAUUUAAAAGUUAACAACUACUUAUUUGUUGUGUUUGUCAAAAAGUGACCCUAGCGAAGAGUUAGGUACUAUUCGCCUAGUAACUAUUGUUAAAUAUUGAAAU